CAUGCGGCGUCUAGUGGCACGACCGAGAAAGACGCAAAAAACCGUAAGAUAUUCUAUCGCGAAGAAUGGCCCUCGCGCGCCAAAAAAUAAAAUCUGAAGUAUAUGCACUAAUGCAAACUCUGUGAUUAUUUUGAAGCCAAGCCGGCUGAUUUCCGUGCGAGUGUAGACUUCGUGGCAGAGAGUACUUUACUUCGUGGUUCGUGUCAGUAAGUACUUUGCUUUGUGUUUGUGUGCGUGCGGUAGUUGCUUUGAGUUGCCGUUGAUGAAGUGAGGGGACGAGCGUGCAGGGAACGUGUCAGCGUGUUGUGGCGUGCCGUGUGUGAGGCGGUAUUUUGGCGCGAAGAUUGCGAGCUCUUGGCCUCGCAAAUCUCGUGUUUAUUGGAACCGGAGAUCUGUAUUUUCCUGAAAUGGCAGAGGAACAGGUAACGCAUAAGACUGAAACUGUGGAAAAUCGUGAUGAUUCUCUUAAUGAACAUGAUCCUCAUUAUGAACCCAUCAUUUCUCUCCCUGAAGUAUGCAUUCCUACAAUGGAAGAGGAGGAGCUUGAAAUGAUAAAGCUUCGUGCCAAACUCUUUCGGUAUGACAAAAAUGAAGUACCUCCAGAAUGGAAAGAGCGUGGUACUGGCGACAUUAAACUGCUUAGGCACAAAGCGAAGAAUUCCGUGCGAGUGGUGAUGCGCCGUGAUAAAACCCUGAAGCUCUGUGCCAACCAUUAUGUUACUCCAUGGAUGGAAUUGAAACCAAGUCAUGGAAGCGAUAGGGCUUGGGUAUAUAGUGUGGAAGGAGAUUAUGCUGAUGGUGAAAUGAAACAAGAAUUAUUGGCUGUUCGAUUCGCAAAUCCAGAAAAUGCAAAAAAGUGGAGAGAGAAAUUUGAAGAAGCUAAAGUUAUUGUAGAAACUGAAUGUGAUAUUUAUAAAAACGAAACAGAAGAAUCUGAAAGUGAAAAUAAAGAAGAAUGUGAAGAAAAGGAUGAAAAAGACUCAAAAAUUGAGAAGGAAGAAAACUCAGAAAAAGUUGCAAAAGAAGAGAAAGUUAUCAAAGAAUUAGAAAAAUUAAAAGUAGAAGAUAAACCUGAAGUUUCAGGAAAUGAG